CCAGAAAGUGCCGGAUGGAAUGCUGCUAUAGGAUGGACGCUUUCCAAUGCCACAGCACAACCAGGUGAUGCCUUUGCAUUAAAUAUGCCCGAUGUCUUUGGAUUUGAUAGUGAUAGUGAUAGUGAUAGUACUACAACAACUAAAAGAAUGAUGAAACGUGCUACUACUAAUCCAACUAUCUAUCUUUCAUCAGAUGGGAUUUCGUAUGCUUCCUGUGAAUUAAUUUCAGCUGGUUUGACAGGUAAUUCGUCAUCAAUCCAAUGUACGAUUUUAGAUUCUAUAAAUACAUUACCAGCUGGUACGCCAAUUGAUGGUGAACUUAUUGUUCCUAUUGUAUUUAAUGUGGGAGGUUCUGGAUCUGCUUCAGAUCUUGCUGCCGCUAAUGCAAUUCAACCAGGUCCUCAAGUUAUUACUUUUGAUGAUGGUGAUUUUGACAUCCUGUUAGAUGUUGAUUUUGCCGCUGGUGCUUCUUCUCCUGAAGAUCCUGAUGAUAUAGUUUAUGCAAUAAGAGCUAUGCCUUGGGAUAAUGAAGAUUCCAUAUAUGUGUUAGGAGGAAGUUGUGGAACUAACCUAUCUGUGUCUGGUGAUUUGGGUAUACAAGUGACGGAUGGAUCAUUAGAUUGUUCAUCUUAUGAAGCUUUGAUGACGAACAAUCUCAAUGCAUGGUACUUCCCUAAAUCUGAUGAAGUUAUUCCUUCUGUUUCAUUAGUAUCUUGUUCAUCAAGUGAAAUUCUUAUUUCUUAUGAAAAUCUUCCACUAGGUUAUAGAGCUUUUAUGGAUCUUUUGGCGGUUCCUGAUAGUACUGAUUUUAGUGCAAGCUAUACGAACUCCUUUACUUGU